GACAUGAUAGCAACCUGACACAGCCGCCCAGUCGAGCUUUUGGCAGCAUCAGACAUGCUCGACGAGGCGCAGCGUCCUUAAAGUGAGCCGCCUGUGGCUUUUGUCCGUUCCACGACAGCUUUACCGUCUCUCGUCAACUUGUCCACGGCCGUGUUGUUUUUAGCCACAAGCCAUGGCAUCAGCCAACGUUACGCUGGAGAAUCAGCUGCAAAGUGCACAGAAAAACCUACUCUUCCUGCAGCAGGACCACGCCAACACACUGAAGGGGCUGCAUGCAGAGAUUCGCCGAUUACAACAGCAAUGCACAGAUCUGACAUAUGAGCUCACUGCACGAAGCUCUGAUCCUUCAGACAGCGGUGAGGUUCGAUGCAGGGAGCUGCAAAGGAGGUGUGAGGAGCUGGAAGCAGAGCUGAAGAAGAAGGAGGAGGAGAACACAGAGCUGCUUAGGGAUCUGGAGCAGAAGAACGCAAUGAUCUUUGUUCUGGAAAAUACCAUCAAGGAGCGAGAGAAGAAGUACCUGGAGGAGCUGAAGAUGAAGAGCCACAAGCUGGCCGUUUUGUCAGGGGAGUUGGAACAGAGAGCGAGCACCAUCGCUUACCUCACAUCACAGCUACAUGCCACGAAGAAAAAACUGCUGGCAGGCAGCUCCUCAGAGGGAAGCCCAAACGUCAGCCCGGUCACGUCGUUCAAGCCCACGCCUCCUCCACCCAAAGACAGGCAGCCUGAAACCCCACGGCGCCGCAUGAGGAAGAGCCUCUCCCAGCCCCUUCACCCCGAGUUGACAGAGGUGUACCGCCUCGGCCCUGACGGUAAGCGAGUGGUCCUGCGAGACACUGUGGACGCCAUGCCAGACCCGACUCCCUUCCUGCAGGCUGGGAAAGAGUCUCCCGAGCUGCAGGUAGUGCGUGAAAGACCUGCUGUUAUCCCCCCAAUUGCAUCCGAACGCCCCCCGGUGCCUCCUCUGGGAGCGACUGCCAGCCCUCGUCACAGUCCAGCUCGGGACCGCCAGCACAGGGCUCACGUCGGAGUGGCCCACCGCAUCCCCCACGGAACCCCUCCCUUGGCGCCACCCCAGGCAGAGCUGGAGACUCUAGCAGUGGACCAGGUGAACGAAGAAAAGGUUGUGAGAAAGCGUUCCGGAGCCGACAGGACAGUUUAAAACUGUUUCACUUGCACAUGAAUGCACACACGUAUAUACAACAAGGGGCACAAAGCAGCCCGACUCACUGUGUAGCCUGCUUUAUACGCAACACUGCAAUGUGAAAAGAAAAUGACAUCAUUUAUUUCAUCUUCAGGCACAUUUGAAAAAGGACUACUGCGAAGCAUGCCAAAUGUUUCUUAUAAGUGUUGUAUUAUACACACAUUAUACUGUGCUGUGUGGCGCAUUCAACAAAUCCUCAGCCAAAUAUCUGCAUCAGUGCCUGCUAGGUGCAAACACGCACACGCUGUGUAGUGUAGUCAUGGAGAAUAUCUCUACGUAUCGUCUUUUCAACUGACUGUAACGACGCGUCUGCAGCCGCUUUCGGAUGACAUUCCAACUAAUACUUUCUGAAUGUCUUUCAUCCGCCCCGCUUUGCAAUAGCAGUUUAAUAACAUGACAGUACUGUAAGUUGCAUAAUCAAGUUGAAAGAGACAUCCUUUAGCUUUCUUUGCUGAACUGGCAACAGCACAUGUAUUUAUGCUUCAAUUCAAUGCAAGCUGGAGGUCAUCAACACACUUAAGUGUGUGUACAUGCAAGGGUGUCUUUCUGGAGGGAAAGAAGGGAGAUAACAUAGAUGGAAGUUUCAGCAAAACCAUCUCCAUGUUAUUUGGGAUUUAAAAAAAAAGGGCAUUUUUAAAAGCACUGCUCCAAUAAGAUUUUGUGAUAAUAAUUGUACUUUAUAAAGACUACAUUUGUAAGGGAUUGCUUUUUUAAUUUAUUAGCCAAUACAACACCUCAGAUGGUAAUUAUUGUCACUUUAUAUCCUGCUUUUCACGUUAACACUUGUCCUUCAAUAAUCCAUACAAUAAAGCAAUGCUUUUUUUGUUUGCCUA